CAGAGUCAUUCGCUCGUUGGCCGUUAAGAUUUGAAUACUCGCGCAUGGUCUUCAUACUCCGACUAUCUUGGCGCAGCAUCUUUCAUCAGCACCAGUUGAACUGAAGAAGUCCCAACGACCACAAGAUUCAUCGCACCAGAGCAAGAAUUCAUCCAGAGUUGCAAGACCCUAGCUGAGACUUGCGAACACAAGUCGGAACGAAAGCUGUAACAGGGCCACAGGAUGGCCACGCCCGAGGUGGCGACACCUGAUGCUCGAGCCGAACCACCACCCGCGGACGGACUAAAUGCGAAUGAGGCGGCACCUGAGCAAACGAUCAAGAAAAGACCACCAAAGAAGAAGAAGCCAAACUGGGGUCUCAUCCACAAAAGCCCAUUGCCUCUCGAGAUACAUCCCCUCCCGGCAUUCCACCCCACAAACCCCAUAUCAAUCCUGCGAUUCGCAUAUGCCUACUUAUCACAGAUUCUCUCACGGCCUUUGUCCCACCCCGAAACACCUUACAUUGGAUACUUUUCCUCCGAGACACGAUCCGUUCAUGUCACAGAUCCCAAGCAUGCGCGCGCCCUAUGGGAAGCGGGCUUCUUUGGCAAAGGCACUCUCAGUCGAAGUGAAAUGAGCUGGCUAAAUCGAGAAAAAGCGCGACUAUUAGCAAAGCGUGCUGGAAGUGGAGGAACAGCGGAAGAGAAUACUAAUGCGAGGCGAGAGAAACGAAGACUGUUCAAGUUGGAGCGUGCUCGAGCUGAGGCGGAGAAAAUUGAGCGGCAAAGACUAGUGGAGGAGGGGAAGCUGGAUCCGAGUGUUCUUGAAACUGAAGUUACAGAGGUGGAUGGUGAGAAGGAGCAAGUGGCUGUGGAGGCCACUCCUCGACCACUGGAGACUACGAUUCCGGAUCCUGCGAUAACAUCUCUUCCCCCACAACCCGCAGACUUGGGUCUUGAUGAUGAAGACGAAGAAGAGCUGAUCCCGGAUUUUGAGAAUCAAGAACAUCUCCAGCUAACGCUCGAAGAGGCGUUCUUCCUCUCCUACGGACUUGGCGUACUCGAGAUCCGCAAUUCCGAGACCAGCAAUGCCGAAUACAGUGGCUACGAUCUACUACGAACCUGUUCUGCCCACGGCUUCUUCCCCGUCACAAAAUCAAUACCCGAGCACAAGAUCCGACCCGAUGAUCAAUUCCUGCUGAACUACGUCGUGUACCACCACUUCCGCUCACUAGGAUGGGUUGUCAGACAAGGCGUGAAAUUCAGCGUAGACUACCUGCUCUACUACCGCGGACCAGUAUUCAGCCACGCAGAAUUCGCUGUAAUCAUCAUUCCGGCGUACGCAGAUGCUUACUGGAGCACGGAUGAAGGGAAGCAAGAACGCAGGAUCAAAGAGAGCCAUAAUUGGUGGUGGAUGCAUUGUGUCAAUCGGGUGCAAAGCCAGGCAUUGAAGACAUUGGUCAUGGUGUAUGUGGAUGUCCCUGCUCCGAUUGAAACAGACUCGAGAGAUAUUGGAGCGAUACUGAGGAGGUAUAAGGUCAGAGAGUUCAUUGUUAGGAGAUGGACUCCGAACAGGAGUCGCGACUGAGAUGUCGCCGCAAAUGGAGAUGGCAAGAUAUGUGUCGCUAUAUGCGGAGAUAAUGUACCUCCUCGUAGCGCCUGUAAAAGCCCCAAAGGAGUCGGACCAUUUCGCACAGGCGACACAAAUCAUGAGUCAUCCGCGUCUUCCCAUCGCGAGCAUGUCGAGCUCGAUCUUCGUCGAUUGGGGUUCCACAAUGUCAAUUUUCAUCCAGUACUCACUGAAAGGAAGCACUUGCAUCUUUAUCGGCAGGCCCAGUGCCUGUCAUGAAAUUGAG